AUGCCUGAAUGGGAGGACAAGAAAGCAUUAAAACUUCAUCAGAGGAAUACUCUUCUGGAAGCAUUUGAAGCUCCAGUGGAUUCUAUACCUUCGGUAGAUCAACAAAAUGACAUUUCAGAUUACUUAGAUCAUUGCGAAUUAUUAUCAUCCGAAGAAAAAAAAAUCACAAACUCUCCCAUAAAGCUACUUCUACAGCAAUAUCUUAAUAAUAACUUAACUGCAGAAAAAGCCAUACUGCCAUAG